AUGAAUACCCUCCAAAUGAAAGCCCUAGUCUACAAAGGGCACAGCAAAUUCGGCGUGGAGGAACGUCCGAUCCCCCUCCUGGCCGCGCCUUCCGAUGCGAUUGUCAAAAUGCGCCACACAACUAUCUGCGGCACCGAUCUGCACAUCCUAAAAGGCGACGUUCCCUCCGUCAAACCGAACCGGGUCAUCGGCCACGAGGGGGUUGGAACGCUGAUCGGGAAAGGAUCGGCAGUCACAGGGCUCCACAUCAGUGAUACAGUGCUGAUAUCGAGUAUCAGUGCCUGCGGUGUUUGCAAAUCUUGUCGAAAAGGACUCAAUGCGCACUGUGUAGAUGGGGGCUGGGUGCUGGGAAACAAGAUCGACGGAACGCAUGCGGAGUAUGUGCGGAUUCCGCAUGCCACGACGUCCUUGUACAAGCUCCCCGCGAACAUCAACCCAGCGGCGGCCGUGGCGCUGUCGGACGCGUUGCCAACCGGCAUGGAAUGUGGCGCUAUCAGUGCCUCAGUGCAGCCUGGCCAUCUGGUUGCGAUCGUGGGAGCUGGGCCGGUUGGCCUGGCCGCACUACUUUCUGCUAAGCUCUACACACCCGCAAAGAUGGUGGUGAUCGAUAAAGACGAGACUCGGCUUGAGUACGCCAGAAGAAUUGGGGUGGAUCAUGCUAUUAGCGCAGAUACACCUGAUCUCGUGAAAAAACUGUACGAGAUCACCGAAGGGUCUGGGUUCGAUUCGGUCAUCGAAGCUGUGGGUAUACCGAGCACUUUCGAGCUCUGCCAGCAGUUGGUUGCCCCUGGUGGCACGAUUGCCAAUGUUGGUGUUCAUGGUCGGAAGGUUGAUCUACAUCUCGAUCAACUGUGGGAUCGUAAUAUCAGUAUCAAGACCCAGCUGGUUAACUCUCAUUCCAUUCCGACUCUCUUGAGGCUUUCACAAGCCGGUCUUAUAACUCCGGAGACUAUAGUGACUCAUUCUUUUCCAUUCUCGGACAUCACUGGUGCUUAUGCAAGCUUCCAUAAUGCCGCAGAAUUAGGAACACUCAAGGUAAAAAUUGAUUUCGAGCAGGAUGACAAAGAAAAGGCAGCUACCAUGUUCAGACGAAGGUCAUCAUCCCUUCACUUCUGA